AUGGCCGACCAAGCUCGCCGAGGUAGAAAUCGCCCCGAUAGUAGGCAAAUGUGGGACGAGUCCGACCGUCGCAACCGCGGUCCAGGCGCUCGAGAUCGGAGAGAUAACCGCGACCGUCAGCGAGACGAUGGUCCCCGCGAUCGCGAUCGUCGGUACCGCUCCAGAUCUAGAUCACCUCAAACAGGAGGCCGCCGCGAUGGAAACCGCUCCCACUCUCUUGACCGCAGAGACAGGGAUCGCGAUUCGGACAAGAACAAACCGCGCGAACCAGAGAGAACACGUGGUCGGGGGAGGGACUCGCGGCGCGACGAUGGUCGCCGGGACCGGCCACGAAAUCGAGAGGACGAGUAUCACCCGACCGAGAGCGCAAUCCCUAAAGGUAUAUCUCGCGAUAAAGUCAUGACACAAGUUCUUACCAAUAACGCUGACGCGAUUCAAGGCCCAGCGCGACACAGCAACCCGCGACGCUCAGCAUCGCCAACUCGAAGUCCCCUGGGCAAGUCAGAACGCAGUGCGCAGAACUCGCCCCUUCCUACGAGGUCGAAACCGGGCGAUAGAGGCACAAAUUCCUCCUUGUCAUUCAAAGUAGGAAAGCACGAUGAUGAUACUGGCCGUGGAAGCAGAGGCAAAGGCAGGGAGAAGGACGAUAAACGGGAGACGCCGGAACACGACACUAAUCUCGCCAAGGAGAGAAAAGACACGCCGGGUUCUGAGGGCGAAGCGAUGGACGAGGACGAAGACGAGGACCUUGUCGUUGAAGAUGACGGACUAAGCGCCAUGCAAGCCAUGAUGGGUUUCGGUGGGUUCGGCACUACCAAAGGGACCAAGGUGGCCGGUAACAAUGCUGGUGCGAUACGGAAGGAGAAGAAGACCGAGUAUCGUCAGUAUAUGAACCGUGUCGGUGGUUUCAACCGACCUUUGAGUCCCGGCCGAUAA